UUGAUCUUUCCUCAAGUUGUUGCUAGUGUUGGAGAUGCUGUCAUCAGGAUUCUGUUGCACAGAGAAAGAUAAAAAUACCUCUCCAACGCGUGCCUUUUUCUCCCUUUCCCAUCCCCUUGCCAGGAACGCCGCAAAAGGAUCCCAGGCGGAUUGGAGGCAUUAGGUCGUCGGUUUGAAUCUCAGUGGUCGAGAAAGAAGUGUGGGUAAUGCCCGGCUCAUGGGGGAGAAGAAAGGAACAUACGGAGAUAGGAGAACUGUUCAUUUCCCCCUGGCCAUUUCCUCAAGGCUAGUUUCUUUGGAAAGCCUUUCCUUCUGGUCGUUGCAGGAGCUCGCUGAGGGGCUGCAUUUCCUCUCUGAUUCUUUCUCUUGCCUCAGAGGGCCGGCAAAAGGAAGCUCCUGGAACUUUAAGGGACAUGGAUCUGGGGCUGAAGUCUCUAUAGGAAAACCUACAAGGAUAGAAAUCUCUGCAUCACCCUGCCCCUCGGCCAAGGCUGGGGGCUCUUUCCUUCCAGCAUCACACGUCGUAAUUGAAAAAGGCCAAAACUCUCCAGAUGUCUUCCAAUAAUGAUCAAGUUUUUAUCCCAAUGUCACGAAGAAACACCAGUGACCUCUCCAGGAUGACCUCCAACAACCCGAAGACAUUUACUGAAGUAGCCGUGUUAAGUUUUCAUAACAUUUGCUAUCGAGUAAAAGUGAAGAGUGGCUUUCUUCUUGGUCGAAAAACAGUUGAGAAAGAAAUCCUGACAAAUGUCAAUGGCAUCAUGAGACCUGGCCUCAAUGCCAUUCUGGGACCCACAGGUGGCGGCAAAUCUUCGUUGUUAGAUAUCUUAGCUGCAAGGAAAGAUCCGAAUGGAUUAUCUGGAGAUGUUUUGAUAAAUGGAGCACCUCGACCUGCCAAUUUCAAAUGUAAUUCAGGUUAUGUGGUACAAGAUGAUGUCGUGAUGGGAACUCUGACAGUGAGAGAAAAUUUACAGUUCUCAGCAGCUCUCCGGCUUCCGACAACUAUGACGAGUCAUGAAAAAAAUGAGCAAAUUAACAAGGUCAUUCAGCAGUUAGGUCUGGAUAAAGUGGCAGAUUCCAAGGUUGGAACUCAAUUUAUACGUGGUGUGUCUGGAGGAGAAAGAAAAAGGACUAGUAUUGGAAUGGAGCUUAUUACCGAUCCAGCCAUCUUGUUCCUGGAUGAGCCCACAACUGGCUUAGACUCAAGCACGGCAAAUGCUGUUCUUUUGCUCCUGAAGAGGAUGUCUGAACAGGGACGAACAAUCAUCUUCUCCAUUCAUCAGCCUCGUUAUUCUAUCUUCAAGUUGUUUGAUAGCCUCACCUUGUUGGCCUCAGGAAGACUAAUGUUCCAUGGGCCUGCCCAGGAGGCCUUGGGGUACUUUGCAUCAGUGGGUUACCAUUGUGAGCCUUAUAAUAACCCCGCAGACUUCUUCCUGGAUGUCAUUAAUGGAGACUCUUCUGCUGUGAUAUUAAACAGAGAGGACCAAGACGGUGAAGUCAAGGAGACUGAAGAGCCUUCCAAGAGAAGAUCUCCACUCAUAGAAAAAAUAGCUGAGUUUUAUGGCAACUCUGACUUUUGCAGAAAAACGAAAGAUGAGUUAGAUCGACUCAUAAAGGGUCAUAAGAGGACGAGCUCAACCUUUAAGGAGAUCACCUAUGCCACCUCCUUCUGUCAUCAACUCAGAUGGAUUUCCAAGCGUUCAUUCAAAAACUUACUGGGCAAUCCCCAGGCCUCUAUAGCUCAGAUAAUUGUAACAGUCAUCCUGGGAUUUGUUAUUGGUGCUAUUUUCUAUGAUCUAAAAAAUGAUCCUACAGGAAUCCAGAAUAGAUCAGGAGUGCUCUUCUUCCUGACGACCAACCAGUGUUUCAGCAGUGUGUCAGCUGUGGAGCUCUUUGUGGUUGAAAAGAAGCUCUUUAUACAUGAAUAUAUCAGUGGAUACUACAGAGUGUCAUCUUAUUUCUUUGGAAAACUGUUAUCUGAUUUAUUACCCAUGAGGAUGUUACCAAGUAUUAUAUUUACUUGUAUAAUAUACUUCUUGUUAGGCUUGAAACCAGUUGUGGAGGCCUUCUUCAUCAUGAUGUUUACCCUUAUGAUGGUGGCUUAUUCGGCCAGUUCUAUGGCACUGGCCAUAGCAGCAGGCCAGAGUGUGGUAUCCAUAGCAACACUUCUCAUGACCAUCUCCUUUGUGUUUAUGAUGAUAUUUUCAGGGCUGUUGGUAAAUCUCAGAACUGUUGGGCCUUGGCUCUCCUGGCUUCAGUACUUCAGCAUUCCUCGAUAUGGCUAUGUGGCUUUGCAGUAUAAUGAAUUUUUGGGACAAAACUUCUGCCCAGGAGUCAAUGUAACAGGGAAUAAUACCUGUAGCUAUGCGAUAUGUACUGGCGAAGAAUUUUUGCUAAACCAGGGCAUCGAUCUCUCCCCUUGGGGCCUGUGGAAGAAUCACGUAGCCUUGGCAUGUAUGAUUGUUAUCUUCCUUAUAAUUGCCUACCUGAAGUUGUUAUUUCUUAAAAAAUAUUCUUAAAUUCCUCUUUAAUUUACAUGAUUGAUCCACACAUUAAAAAGGGAGGAUCUUGAUUUUUUUUAAAUAUUC